AACUUUGGAAACCAACCCAACUAUGGAUCCUGAGGAUGAUGGCGGUGACAGUCGCAGAGCAGAUCUCGAGGUGGACCAGGACGAUGAGUUUGAUUCAUCACCUCGACCUGCAAAACGACGUAGAACAACUACAGCAGCAUUGGUAGCCAAGACCAAAAAGCAACCGGCAGUUCGCAAGGCAGCUGCUACCAAGAAACCGGCCGCAAAGAGGAAGGCAGUAGAUGAAAGUCCCAUCGUUAAUGGCGAAGAAGACGCGUUUGGUCCUCCGGUUACUGCAGCAAAACCAAAACGCAAGGCACGAGUCACGAAAAAGGCUACAAUCAAAGACGACGAGAGUCUGCUCGGUGAUUCGGAUGACACCAUAGGACGGAGUGCCACCAAAACAAAGACAAACUCACGAAAACGGGCUUCUACUGGAUCUGGAUCUGAAGAUCUCGAAGACGAGGACGACAGGAAAGUUGUGAAACCGAAACACCGCAUCCAUGUACCGGCUAUGCAAGAUCUCCUUGUGGAUAGAUUCGCAGACGAAGAGCCACCAGAGUCUUCUGCUCCCUGGAGUAUCAGAGGUCCCAUCUGGAAGAAGGAUGUACUGGUUGCGAAGGCGAAGCAGUCGCCUGUGUCGCAAACACCAGCUCGUCAGCCAUCACUACUGAAAAGCACCCUCAAUCAUUCCGCCUUGAGAAGGAACGACGAAAUUCAACAUCGCUCAACGCAACCUCGCCACCCAUCUCCGGCAGCGAAUCAGGUAGUUGUCAAUCACCCAGUCGUUCACGAUGCUCGACCGCCGACGGCAGCCGCUGCAACACCAACUGUGAACUCUGACUGGGGAGACAUGAGCGAUGACAUUGAUACUGAGCUUCUGAUGGGUUUAGUAGCUGAUCGUCCUCUUCAAGCCAACAACGUGUCAAAGAAUCAGCCCUUCCUAGAAGAUUCUAGUGGAGACGACUUUGACACUGAGGAUCUCAUCAUGCUGGAGCAGGAUGUUCCGAAAGCGAAGGAGGUGAUACCUUACAGAUCUCCGCCGCGUAGCCCAGCUCCGGUGAAGGUCGCCUUUGUCGAACCUGUCGCGUUAUCACGAACAACCGCGCCUCCACGGGCAACUUUGUUAUCACGGACGACCGCACCAUUACGACCGCCAGCCGCACCAGUAGAAGACUUCGCAGACGAACUUGCAGACUUGCCAUCAGAUGCUUUCGACUCUGAUGAUCAGACUCCUGCUAAGAACCUUGGAGGCGCAAUUUGUAUAUCCUCAUCACCACCUAAAGUCUCAGCGGCGAGAACUGUGUCGGCAUCGAAGCCAAAUCUUGCUCCUCCGCGUGGGGGGCUAGUACAGAAGACUUUGUUUGGUGGAACGGUUGUACCGAUGGGCCCAGCUACGCAGGCCAAAAAGCAACAUGCCUGGCCAUUGGCAACACAGAGAGAACCAGCGACCCAUCACAAACUCAAUGAAGAAGCGACUAGAACUUGGGUCUAUCCUACCAAUCUGGGCACCACCCGCGACUAUCAAUUCAAUAUCGUCAGCCGAGGCCUUUUCCACAACCUACUGGUUGCCUUGCCCACUGGUCUCGGUAAAACAUUCAUUGCAGCCACGAUUAUGCUGAACUGGUUCCGCUGGACGGAAAGUGCGCAGAUCGUUUUUGUGGCGCCUACCAAGCCUCUUGUUGCUCAACAAGUUGAUGCGUGUUUCAACAUCGUAGGCAUCCCUCGUUCACAAACCGUCAUGCUUACUGGUGAGACCUCACCUGGCUUGAGAGCAGAAGAAUGGAAAUCAAAACGAGUAUUCUUCAUGACUCCUCAGACAAUCAUCAACGAUCUCAAGACUGGUCUCUGCGAUCCGAAGCGGAUUGUGCUGAUAGUAGUUGAUGAAGCUCAUCGUGCAACAGGCAACUACGCAUAUGUCGAAGUCAUAAAGUUUGUACGCCGGUUCAAUACGAGCUUCCGUGUGCUUGCUCUGACUGCUACACCCGGUUCUGAUGUCCCAGCGGUACAGCAAGUCAUUGAUGGCCUAGACAUAUCACGUUGUGAGAUUCGCACGGAGACAUCUCUGGACAUCAGACAAUACGUCCACAGUCGUGAUAUUGACGUCGUUAAGUUCGAUUACUCUGAAGAGCAACAACUGAUCAUGGAGCUUGCCGGAAACGCCAUUCGCCCUGUGCUUAUGAAGCUCGCAAGUCAGAACGCUUACUGGAAUAAAGAUCCGAUGAAGCUUACUGCCUUUGGUUGCACUGAGGCUCGUAGGAAGUGGUUCAUGACUGACGCUGGCAAGAAGGCACCACAGGCAGUCAAAGGCAUGGUCAACAGUAUCUUCGUUGUGCUAGGAAGUCUUGGUCACUCGAUCUCGAUGCUCAGGUUCCAUGGUAUCACGCCCUUCUACAAUGGCAUGGUAGAAUUCAGAAACAAAGUCGACGGAGGGGAGCUCAAGGGCAAAUACGGAGCACAAAUUCGUGAUGACGAGAACUUCACCAAGAUGAUGAACAUGAUGCUGACCUGGACUCGCAAUCCCGAGUUUCUGGGACAUCCGAAGCUGGAACAUCUCCGAGGCGUUGUCUUGAACCACUUCCUCGAUGCUGAGGAGAAGGCUGCCUUGCCAGGUGGGCAGCCCUCAAGCACAAAAAUCAUGAUAUUCGCAGCGUAUCGCGACAGUGCUGAGGAGAUUGUUCGCGUGCUGAACCGAAGUCAACCUAUGAUCAGACCACACGUGUUCGUGGGUCAAGCAGACUCGAAGAACUCGGAAGGUAUGAACCAGAAGCGCCAACUGCAAGUCAUCAAAGAGUUCAAGGAAGGCAAAUACAACACUCUUGUCGCCACUUCCAUCGGUGAGGAAGGUCUUGAUAUCGGAGAAGUCGAUCUCAUCGUCUGCUACGACGCCUCUGCAUCACCGAUUCGAAUGCUUCAGCGCAUGGGUCGUACUGGGAGAAAGCGCAAGGGUAACAUUGUUCUCCUACUGAUGAACGAAAAGGAAGUUCCCGAUUUUGAAAAGGCAAAGGACAACUACGAGAAGAUGCAGGGCAUGAUCGCUUCUGGCAAGGACUUUACUUUCCACGACGACAGAUCACCUCGCAUUCUCCCCAGAGAGACUCUGCCUACUGUGGACAAGCGGACCGUCGAGAUUCCUGUCGAGAACUCGCAAGCUGAGCUUCCCGAGCCCAAGCGUCGCGGAAGAGCUCCCAAGGCACCGCCCAAGAAGUUCCAUAUGCCCGACAAUGUGCGAACGGGAUUCGUCGCGGCAGGCAAUAUGGAUGAUGAAGACGCCGAGGAACUUGUGCCUCGCGGCAAAGGCAAGACCAAGAAAGCGACUGCUGCUUCGAUCAAGAAGAUGUUCCGCGCCCCGCCAGGUAUCGAGGCAAUCGCCAUACCAUCAUUGGACGCAGUCUAUCUAAACAAAGUCCAAGAGCGAGAGCUUGAACGCAAAUACAAGUACGUUAUGGACACGGAUGGUGGAGCUCCGACUGUCGGUCUACCACGACUCGAUCGAUUUUCUGACGCUUUCCCUGGACCGACAAAGUACAUCGCUCAUGGAAAAGGCUCAUUGUUGGCAUCUGGCUUGAUGCAACAGCUAGGUGACAUGAACAGCGAGGUUGUGCAGGGCUUCAAAGAUAACUUCCAUCAGUCAGAUCUUGAAUUUGAUGUGUCCGAGAUGCUAGGAGACCCAACUGUGGUGGAGACCUCUGAUGCUGAUCUACCUGUCAUUAAAGCAACCAAAGCUAGGAAGGCGCCUGCGCAACCGAAAGUACCUAAAGCUCCUAAGGCGCCAAAAGAGCCGAAAGCACUCAAGGCAACUAGAGUUCCCAAGGCUUCCAAAGCCCCUAGACCACCUAAAGAGCCUCCCGCAGCUAAAACGCCUAGACCUCGCGGUCGACCAAAGCAACAAGCCCCAAGAAGAAACAGCUCGGAUAUGGAAGGCUCAGACUCCAGCCCGGAGCCAACACCCGCACACCUCCGCCUCGGCACCCAAGGCAUUGAUCUCGGCUCCGCAGAUACGUCCGGCGAAGAAGGCCACUCACAGGACGACGAGCCAGACUCCGAGCUCGACGAUUUCGUAGUCGGAAGUGAUGCACCCAUUGAAUUUGCCUCUAGCUCUCAACCGCUUGCUCAUAACCCUCCAAAGAAAAACAGACUCAAUUUGUUUACGCAAGAGGAUAUUGCUGAGGAGAGUGAGGAGGAGUUGCCGGAUUUCGGAGCGUCUAGUAGGAAGGAUGUUGAGGUUUUGUCGGAUGCGGAUGAGGAUGUUCCCUUGAGGAGACAAUUGGGGAGGAGGAGACAGGUUGUUGAUGAUGAUAGUGAUGAGUGAGUAGUAGUCGUUGUGUAGCUAUUCUUGUGCUAUAGCUUUCUUGCGCUCAACACACUCCACAGUCACACUGAGUGUUGUUGGCCACUCUAGCGUGCAGGUGCUCGGCGAACCUUCUCACAGAUCUAUAGUGGCGUCCAUUUGGCAUACCAUAGAGAAAGAAGUCUCCCUGUCUAACGUUGUGGCUGUUGACU